AUGAAUGCUCUCGCCCGUCUGCUUUUCUUGAACGGCUUUUGCGUCAACGCCCCUCGUUGCUUCCUGGAAAAGGACGAGCAAAUCCCUUCGAACGUGAUAGACCGCCGCUUCCUCUGGUGCAGCGGCUUCGGUGCUGCUGCUGCUUCUCCUUGUCCUUCUUUGCCCUUCAUGUUUGCAAACCGCUCCAAAGUGCUGAACUGUUUGCUGCUCUGCUUCGCGGGCUCUCUCUCCAAGACCAUCGACGAGUACUUGCGGCAAGAACCCCCCUGGCUGGCUGUCUUUACAGCUGGCCACAGUCCAUACACCGCAAACCUCUUUUGUUCUCUCUUGAGUUCCAUUUUCACUUACGACCCCGUCGGCUAUGGCCUCCCGCUCUCCCGCCUUUUUGCUGCUCCCGAGCCCGAGGCCUUCGUUUGUGCUGCGCUGCAGCUGCUGCUGCUGCUGCUGGACUUCAAGCCUUUGGUGUUUUCCGAAGUUGCUGCAGGCGCGGGAAACACGCCUGCGUUGGUGAACAGUUUGUUGACUUCGCUGUGCAACAUCUCCCCCUUCAUCAAGGGUUUUGGAUUCGAAAGUUGUAUCCGCCUUUUGGGACUUUUAGAAAGAUUGGCAAAACCCUCGUGGCUUUUCAAAGCUCCUUUCCACUGCCAAGACCUCCUCUUCCUCAUCGACGCCUUCAACAACCUCCUCCAGUACCAGUACGAGAAAUCUUUUUGUCUUUGGAGCAAUUAA